AUGAACCUCCACCUGCUCACCAUUCCCAUUCUUAUCGAGACCACCCGGCAGCCAGCCCAGUUGGUGCACCAAUGGAGCCGUAUUUUCUACAGCGGCCAUCGUAAAGGUCCUGGAAUCGCCUUGGUGACGGGUGCCCUGUACGGAUAUGCCGCGUGGGCCAAGUACUCUGUCGGUGAACCUUGGCAUCACUGGAUGGUCGCCGGCGUCACGACGGUGAGCAUGGUGCCUUACACAUGGAUGUUCAUGAACGCUACGAACACCGCCCUCUUCCACGCCGAGGAUCAGUUCGAGAAAGGGGGCGUGGAAAUUAGCUUGCAGGAGAGCGUGAGGUUGGUAGGGAAGUGGGAUUGGCUGAACACUGUGCGAGCGCUCUUUCCACUGGCGGGCUCGGUGAUGGGGAUGCUGGGAGUGUGCGGCGUGCGGUCAGCGAAUGUUAAGUCGAGCGGACAUGGCCACGCAUGUCCGUCACUGCUAUGGUGA